AUGAAUGGUUUCCCCGACCAUGCUCUCGACGAGGGAGCCUUUGGAGAGUCCAAGGCAACGUCGGUGGUGAAGGCCUUUGACGCCUUUCCCAAAACGAAACCGUCGUACCAGACCAAGACGCAAAAUGGAGGAGUAUGGACGCUCUUCCUCGCCUUCGCCUCGUUCCUGCUGGCAGUGACCGAGGUGCGCCGCUGGUACGUGGGUGAAACGCACCACACCUUCAGCGUAGAAAAGGGCAUCUCGCACAAUCUCCAACUCAACCUCGAUGUCGUAGUGGCCAUGAAAUGCGACGACCUCCACAUCAACGUUCAAGAUGCCUCUGGCGACCGCAUCAUGGCCAGUCAAGCCCUCCACCGCAACCCGACCAUGUGGUCGCAUUGGCAAAACACAAAGGGUGCUCAUCAUCUUGGUGGCAGUGCUGCCGAAAGAGGAGGUGCCGAUUAUCAAGAGGAGGAUGUGCAUGAUUACCUCGGUGCUGCGAAAAAGGGAAAGAAGAAGUUUGCAAAGACGCCCAAGUUGAGUAGGGGUGCUGUGCCUGACUCUUGUCGUGUCUAUGGCGCUCUGGAGCUCAACAAGGUACAAGGUGAUUUCCACAUCACCGCUCGCGGACACGGAUACAUGGAGUUUGGCCAACACUUGGAUCAUCAAUCAUUCAACUUCUCCCACCAAAUCAACGAAUUGAGUUUCGGUCCCUUUUACCCAGGCCUCGACAACCCCCUCGACAACACACGCACAACCACCGACCAACACUUUGAAAAAUUCCAAUACUACCUCUCCGUCGUCCCCACAGUCUAUACCGACAACCCCGCCGCCCUCCAAAAAUACUCUUCCUCCGCCAUCCCACUCAGCAGCGGCGACGAAGCAAACGCACACACUCAUCUCCCACGCAACACAAUCUUCACAAACCAAUACGCCGUCACCGAACAGUCGCACAUUGUAUCCGAACGCCAAGUCCCUGGUAUUUUCGUAAAGUUCGAUAUCGAGCCGUUGAUGUUGACAAUUGCGGAGGAGUGGGGUGGUGUGUUGAAUUUGUUGGUCAGAUUGGUUAAUGUGGUUAGUGGUGUACUUGUUGCUGGUGGCUGGAUCUUCCAGAUUCAAGAGUGGGCUAAUGAGGUAGCUGGACGGAGAAGACAGAGAAGGCAAGAUGGAGGAGGUGGUGGUGUGUUGACGGGGAGAAAGAGUUUGGAUGGCAAGAACUAGAUUUGGUGGAAUUCAGCAUUUCUACGCAAAGAGGAAGAAUGAAUUGCGUUUUCGAGUUUCAUUGUUAGAUUUCAGUCGGCAUGUCUAACACCUAAAUGGCUUGACAGUUUCUCCAUCUUUAUACGCCUCCACGAUACCUCUGAUAUCAACAUACAACCCAGCCACCCAUAUAAAAAGAAAGGGAUGAAAAACAGGAAGAAAGGAGGACAGAAGAAGGAGAUGAAGGGGAGAAGAAAAACAGAAAAAAACAGAAAUGAUACAUGAAACCGUCCAGCUACACUGCCAAACCCAGCAUUAAAGAACUCGGAUGAUUCGAUAUCUUUCAGCCCUCUUUUCCCUGCUUCAAGAUGCACACCAUCACCUACCUAUACUCACUACACCG